CCCCUGCCCCAGCCUCCCUGUGUCUUUCCCACCCUCAGUCCUAGGCGGCUGACUACUGAGAGGCUCAGCCAGAGUCCGAGAGCCCUGCCGUCCAGGAGCCCCCAGUCCAGGAGCCAAGAAAGCCCCUGUUCUGCUGGCCUGAGAACACACAGCUCUACUCUGAUUGAAUGCUCUAUCCGUCUUCAUGGGACGAUGAACCAGAAAACCACCCUAGUGCUCCUUGCUCUGGCCGUCAUCACCAUCUUUGCCUUGGUUUGUGUCCUGCUAGUGGGCAAGGGUAGAGAUGGAGAUGAACCUAGCCAGCUUUCCCACUGCCCCUCCAUAUCUCCCAGUGCCCAGCCCUGGACACACCCUGGCCAGAGCCAGCUGUUUGCAGACCUGAGCCGAGAGGAGCUGAUGACUGUGAUGAACUUUCUGACCAAGCGGCUGGCGCCAGGGCUGGUGGAUCCAGCCCAGGCCCAGCCCUCGGACAACUGUGUCUUCUCAGUGGAGCUGCAGCUGCCCCCAAAGGCCGCAGCCCUGGCCUACCUGGACAAGGGGAAGGCCCCACCUGCCCGGGAGGCGCUGGCCAUCGUCUUCUUUGGUGGACAACCCCAGCCCAACGUGAGUGAGCUGGUGGUGGGACCGCUGCCUCACCCCUCCUACAUGCAGGACGUGACCGUGGAGCGUCAUGGAGGCCCCCUGCCCUAUCACCGACGCCCCGUGCUGGCCCGAGAGUACCUGGACAUAGACCGGAUGAUCUUCGACAGAGAGCUACCCCAGGCAGCUGGUCUUCUCCACCACUGUUGCUUCUACAAACGCCAAGGAAGGAACCUGGUGACGAUGACCACAGCCCCCCGUGGUCUGCAGUCAGGGGACCGAGCAACCUGGUUUGGCCUCUACUACAACAUCUCAGGGGCUGGGAUUUUCCUGCACCCCGUGGGGUUGGAGCUGCUGGUAGACCACAAGGCCCUGGACCCUGCCCUCUGGACCAUCCAGAAGGUGUUCUAUCAAGGCCGCUACUAUGACAGUCUGGCCCAGCUGGAGGACCAGUUUGAGGCCGGCCGGGUGAAUGUGGUGGUGAUCCCAGACAAUGGCACAGGUGGGUCCUGGUCCCUGAAGUCCCAGGUGCCCCCAGGUCCGGCUGCCCCUCUGCAGUUCCAUCCCCAGGGUCCCCGCUUCAGUGUCCAGGGGCGUCGAGUGGCCUCCUCAUUGUGGACUUUCUCCUUUGGCCUUGGAGCUUUCAGUGGCCCAAGGAUCUUUGACGUUCGCUUCCAGGGAGAACGGCUAGCUUAUGAGAUCAGCCUCCAAGAGGCCUUGGCCAUCUACGGUGGAAAUACCCCAGGAGCAAUGAUGACCCGCUAUGUGGAUGGUGGCUUUGGCAUGGGCAAGUACUCCACGCCUCUGACUCAUGGGGUGGACUGCCCCUACCUGGCCACCUAUGUGGACUGGCACUUCCUUUUGGAGUCCCAAACCCCCAAGACACUGCAUGAUGCCUUUUGUGUGUUUGAACAGAACCAGGGCCUCCCCCUGCGGAGACACCACUCAGAUUUAUACUCCCGCUAUUUUGGGGGCCUAGCAGAGACAGUGCUGGUCGUCAGAUCUGUGUCCACCUUGCUCAACUAUGACUACGUGUGGGAUAUGGUCUUCCACCCCAACGGGGCCAUAGAAGUCAGAUUCCAUGCCACAGGCUACAUCAGCUCAGCGUUCCUCUUUGGUGCUGCCCAGAGGUACGGGAACCAAGUUAGGGAGCACACGCUGGGAACGGUCCACACACACAUUGCACACUACAAGGUGGAUCUGGAUGUGGCAGGACAGGAGAACUGGGUCUGGGCCGAGGACAUGGCCUUCGUUCCCACGGCUGUGCCCUGGAGCCCCGAGCACCAGAUACAGAGGAUGCAGGUGACCCGGAAGCUGCUACAGACAGAGGACCAGGCCGCCUUUCCCCUGGGAGAGGCCACCCCUCGCUACCUGUACCUGGCCAGCAACCACAGCAACAAGUGGGGUCACCCGCGGGGCUACCGCAUCCAGAUGCUCAGCUUUGCCGGGGAGCCGCUGCCCCAGAACAGCUCCGUGGAGAGAGGCCUCAGCUGGGGGAGGUAUCAGCUGGCUGUGACCCAGCGGAAAGAGGAGGAGCCCAGUAGCACCAGCAUCUACAAUCUGAAUGACCCUUGGACACCCACCGUGGACUUCACUGACUUCAUCAACAAUGAGACUAUUGCAGGGCGGGACUUGGUGGCCUGGGUGACAGCUGGAUUCCUGCACAUCCCGCACUCAGAGGACAUUCCCAACACAGUGACUGUGGGCAACGGCGUAGGCUUCUUCCUCCGACCCUACAACUUCUUUGACGAGGACCCUUCCUUCUACUCCCCUGACUCCAUCUACUUCCGGGGGGACCAGGAUGUUGGGGCCUGUGAGGUCAACCCCCUGGCUUGCCUGUCCCAGACUGCUGCCUGUGCCCCCGACCUCCCUGCCUUCUCCCACGGGGGCUUCUGUCAAAACUAGGUGGUCUGUGGGAUGGGGAAUCUGGCCAAGGGCCCCAGGAUGGGCUGAGGGGGUGGGAGCAGCCGGGCACUGGGUGGGCAGCCUGGUUCCCUCUCCUUCCUCCCACCCCUGAUGUCUGUCCAUCCCCCUGUCCCCCGAGGUUCCCUCUCUUCCAUUGCUCUCCCUUGCAGCCCCCUUGGAGCCAGGAGCAUCCUGAGCCUGUGAGGCCUGACUCAGGGGACUCAGCUUCGUUGCUCCCAGCUGUGCUGAGUCCCUGUCCCAGAGAGAGGAGGACGGCCUAGCCAGGAGCAUGGGGGCAUGGCCAGGCUUUUCCCCAGAUGGUUCCCUUUUUUUGUUUUCUGGUUUUCCUGAAUCUUUUAGGCCAUCUCUGAGGCUCUGCUACAGGGAUUGAGGUCUCUAGACCUCAAGGCAGAGCUGCUCAUCCUGCACGUCCACAGAUGAGCUGGAAAGGACACUUCUGCCACAUUCCUUCUCAUCCAAGUCCCUUCCUUCUCUCCUUCUUUUCCGCUUGCCUGCUGCUACCUCCUCCCCUUCCUGCUUCCCUUUCUAUCCUGGGAAAUCCCUCACAAGCUGAGGGAAUGUCCCUCUGUUCCAGCCCCUGGUGUUCCCACUACCCUCAGUUCUCAACUUGGAUCUCCUCUCCCGGCCCUAGGCAUGUAAAAGUAUCAAAGAUACAAAGAUGUCACCUUAGUGGAGAAGACAACACUGUGUGUCCCCUUGCGUCUGUCACAUAUUGGGAAUGGAAGUUGCCCCCACCCCUGUCCUAGGGCAGGGUGUGUUUCUGGACAGUUCCCUCUGCCCAAUUAUAUCUGCCUGCCUUGCACUCUCUGGAGGAGGAUGCACGUUGUGACAGCAGCUGCUUAAGUUAGCAUUUCAGGUGGUUUUAUGGGUGCAGUGAUAAUAAGGAAAGAUCAUUUUGUGCCAGGGGCUGUAUGUGACCAAAUGCUGCCUUACUCUGCAACAGCUAAUAUGGGAGGCUGGAGUGGGAACUAAGAGUAGGCACCACAGGUGAAAUAAAGAAAGCCCCAGGGACUCCAGCCACAAGGCCAAGGGCUGUCCAAUAGUGUGUGUGCAUGCAGAUGAGCUGGGGCCUGGCCUGGGGGGGUGUGGCCUGGCCUGGGGGGCGGAGCUGGCCUAGGUGGGGCGGGGCCUAGGUGAGGUGGGUGCUGGCCUGGUGAGGGAACCUGUUCCAGCACCUCCCUCACUGCUUUACCUCCUGGGGUCUGGAUUAAGGAUGGGUCCAAAGAAAUAGCAAGAGAUUGGAAACAACAGAAACCUCCUUCCACAAUUAUGGUAUAUUUCCAUACAAUUCUAUGCAGCUAAAAUAUAUUAUCUUUAUAUGCUGAUAUGGAAUAACCUUCCAGUGAAGAAGGCAAGGUGUGGAAAUGUGAUAGUGCAGUUCCAAUUUGCAUGUUACAAAGGAGGAUAUAGGCCGGGCGUGGUGGCUCACGCCUGUAAUCCUAGCACUCUGGGAGGCCGAGGCAGGCGGAUUGC